AGACACUUUGCUGGGACUUAGACACAAAGCUAAGAGGAAGGGCGGGUGUGCACAGCACCAUGAGGAUCCCUACUCUUCUGGGGCUGAUAGCCCUCUUCAUCCAGGAAACAGAGGCUAUGCCACCCUGGAUGGAUGGAGGGGGAAAGCGGGAGCAACCCCAGGAUGAAGGGGCAGCCUAUGACAAUCUAGAACUCGGGAGCCAUGACCCAAACCUGGAUAAUUAUGACCUGAGCAAUUAUGAAGAGCAAACUAUAAAGAGUGACUAUGGAGGCCUGACCCCAAAGACUAUAGUGGGCACCCUGGCGCCUUCCAUCAUGAGCGCAUCCACCAAGACAGUAAUGGCCACCAUGGCCCCAAGGACAUGGACUUCGAUCACCAAGCCUUCCAUAUCUAGCAUCCUUAACUCACUGACUGCCCAGGGACUGCCCACCUGCCUGGUGUGUGUGUGUCUGGGCACCUCUGUGUACUGCGACGAUGCGGACCUGGAGCACAUCCCUCCUCUGCCCCAGGAGACAACCUACCUCUACGCCCGCUUUAAUCAUAUCAGCCGGAUCCAGUCAGGAGAUUUCAAAGGGCUAAGAAAACUAAAGCGGAUUGACCUCUCCAGCAACUACAUCUCCACUAUUGAAGAUGAUGCUUUCCUGUUACCUGCCCUGCAGGAACUGAUCAUCCCUGAGAACAAGCUGGAAUCUCUGCCCAGGCUCCCCGGUGGUCUUGUGAGAUUGGAUGCCCAGCUCAACAACCUCCAAAGCUCAGGGAUCCUACCAGAGAGCUUGAGGGAGCUGAAGAAGUUGCAGUUUCUCUACCUCUCAGACAACAAGCUGGACUACAUCCCUGUGCCCCUCCCCUCAAGCCUGCGUGCUCUACACUUGCAGAACAACAACAUCCAGACAAUUCCUGAAGACACCUUCUGUGAUGUUCAGGACCGCCAGCAUAUCCGAAGGCCUCUGGAAGACAUUCGACUAGAUGGCAACCCCAUUAACCUCAGCCUCUUUCCCGAUGCCUACUUCUGCCUGCCCCGACUGCCCAUAGGCAGCUACACUUGA